GGGAUCCCAACCAUCUUCGACCUCCAGCUGUACCUUAUCUCUCCCCCACGAUUUAAUACAACAACAUAAACAAUAUGGCUUCAGCUACUGCGCAGCGUCGUCUUCUCCAGGAGUAUCGCGCCCUCACAAAUAAUCCACCAGACGGUAUUACCGCAGGUCCAGUGACAGAAGAUGACUUACUUUGCUGGGAGGCUUUAAUAGAAGGACCAGAGGGCACACCAUUCGAAGGGGGAGUGUUCGCUGCCGAGUUACAGUUUCCCAAAGACUAUCCACUUUCACCGCCGAGUAUGAGGUUUCUUGGGGAAGUUUGGCACCCUAAUGUUUACCCAAGCGGUCUUGUCUGUAUAUCUAUUCUUCACCCGGCCGGAGACGAUCCAAACCACUAUGAACAUGCAUCGGAACGAUGGUCACCUAUACAAAGUGUCGAGAAAAUCUUGAUAAGUGUGAUGAGUAUGCUAGCGGAACCAAAUGAUGAAAGUCCGGCAAACGUGGAAGCUGCCAAACAAUGGAGGGAAAAUAGGGCGGAAUAUGAACAGAAGGUCCGCGAUGGAUGCAGGAGAAUGCUAGGAUUGUAAGACCGUCGGUGGUUGAGGUCUUGAAAUUCUAUAUCCAUUGAUUUGAAAGAGGCCGGGCUAUAUAUACUGGUCCCUAUAAUGAAUCACAGGUCACUGAGGGAAGACGUCGUACUUCCUAAGGCCGAUCUCACAAUCGCAUGGCUUACGACAUGAGACUAGGGUUGAACCACAUAUACAGAAUGCUUAACAAGGGAAGGGAGUUUGGAAGCGUAUCGAACUACAUAUCAUUCGGUACUAGGUGACAGGUCAUAAAUCGGGGGUAUACAACAUGGACAUAUGAGCUUCAUGAAGAUAAAUUAGAAAUAUCAUUAUGGGCCUGAGAAUCUUAUACGCCUCUAAUUGUCCACAAUCUUUAAGGU